GCGACGGGAGCCGGAGCCUUUUCGAGCGCCAGCGCCGAGCGGAAACAGAAAUCGCAGCCCCAGCAGGUCUCACUCCGAAUUUUUUUUUUGGGAGCGGCAACAUGGUUCUGAUCUGGACGCAGUUCGGAGUCAAGCACAAAAACGUCAACGUCAAGUGCAAAGUUCGGGUCAUGCACAGAGGAGACAGCUCGGGAUCGGCGUCGUCCGCGGAAGGAACCAAGUCGGAGCCGGACGCCCCCUGCCUGUCCAUCAAGCCGAGCGCCGGCAAGGACUUCUACAAAGUCCUGGGCGUGGCGCCGGACUCCAACGAGGACGAGAUCAAGAAGGCCUACCGCAAGAUGGCGCUCAAGUUCCACCCGGACAAGAACAGCGAGGCCGACGCCGAGGACCGCUUCAAGGAAAUCGCCGAGGCCUACGAGGUGCUGACCGAUCCCGAGAAGAGGAGCGUCUACGACCAGUUCGGGGAGGAAGGUCUUAAGAGCGGCAUGUCAGCGGGGGGCCACGGCAACGCUUUCCGCAAGCACUUCCCCACCGACCCGCACGACACCUUCUCCUCCUUCUUCCACGGCUCCGACCACUUCGACAUCUUCUUCGGCCACGACGGAGACGACGACGACCUCUUCAACCCGUUCCGCCGCUUCCCCUUCAGCCACGUGGGCGGCUACCCCGGCCACGAGGGCGGCGGCCUGAGGCGGGGCGGCCGGCGGCCGCGGGGCAAGGCGCUGGAGCGCGAGCUGCCGGUCAGCUUGGAGGACGUGAUGCACGGCUGCACCAAGCACGUCAAGAUCACCCGCAGCCGCCUCGGUCCGGACGGCCGCAGCCUGUGGACCGAGGACAAGGUGCUGAACGUGGUGGUGAAGAAAGGCUGGAAGGCGGGCACCAAGAUCACCUUCCCCCGGGAGGGCGACGAGACGCCCAACAGCACGCCCGCCGACGUCACCUUCAUUCUCAGGGACGAAGAGCACCCCCAGUACAAGAGAGACGGCUCCAACAUCGUCUACACGGCCAGCAUCACCCUCAAAGAGGCCCUUUGCGGGUGCACCGUCAACGUCCCCACGCUGGACAACCGCCUGAUGCCCCUGCCGUGCAGCGACAUCACCAGGCCGGGGGCGGUGCGGCGCCUGCGGGGCGAGGGCCUGCCCGUCGCCCGCAGCCCGUCGCGGCGGGGCGACCUCGUGGUGGAGUUCCAGGUGCUUUUCCCGGACAGGAUCCCGCCGCAGUCCCGGGAAAUCAUCAAGCACAGCCUGGGCCAGUGCUAGCCUGCUCAAUAGCACAAAUGGACGAAUUCCCUGCCGAUCGAUCGAUCGAUCGCAAAACUGCAGCGCUACCCUUUAGAUACCCAACGGUUGCGAUUGGUUCCCAAAGCUCUGAGAAAAGUCAUACUUGACAUUCCGUUCCCACCUCGGAAAAUUCUUCGGGAACCAAUCGACAAACCACGGGGGUACCUUUCGGGUACCCAGCACACAAAUGAUCCGGCGGCCAACGUAGAGACCGCAGCUCCAAGCCGUGGGCAUCCGACGGCUCGGGUUCUUGUUCCGACGUGAGGUGCUAUCCGACCUAUCGCGAGCUCCCGUUGUGCUCCGCGCAGGUGGACGCCAUCAAACCUGACAAAAAAAAAAAAGUGCUCUUUGGUAUCUGAGGACGUCUCCAUUUUGCCUUUCUCUCCGGUGAAAAGCGCAUUGUUAUCACGUGUACUGUUAUCACUGCAGUAUGUUUAUUCGAGUCUGUACAGACUUAAACGCGACGUUGAACUACUUGACUAUAGUUAUCUAUGGUGCUCAUAUAGGACUUUUCCACCGAUUUUCUUACCGUGUACUUGUGUGCAAAGAGCUCCUUUGUGUACAAAAACAAUCGCAAACAACGUUGUCUCUAACAGAGACUCAUGUGUCAAUUGUUCUAUUGAAUUGAAGGUCAUCAACGGUAUAAAGAGUC